AUGUGGUCAAACUAUGGACAUGGAACCCAAUCAAGGACUCGGACAUGUACUAAUCCAGCUCCAAAAUAUGGAGGUAUUUAUUGUACGACAGAAAAUACUGAAAUUCAUCCAUGUUCGGUAAAAUUCUGUCCAACUGAUGGUGAAUGGGGUGGUUGGACACAGCCUGUUUGUACAGGCCAACUGAAUAAUCAGAACACUGUAACCAUUCAUCUUAAUGCUAAUCUGUCCACUUCUGCUUCAAAUCUUUCUACUAAUUACGAAUUCCAUUUAAAUGAUGUACCAAUAGAACGUAGUCAAUGUUCACAAGCUUUAACUGAAAUUUAUCUUCCUGGCACUGGGUAUGCAGCAAAAGAGGUAUCUGGUGCGUCUAGUUGUCAUACAAUUAUGGAUACAUUGAACGGAAUCACACGGGAAUCAGUUGGUCAGUUUGCUGAUGGCAGUACAAUGCAAAUGAACCAAAGUGUAUUACGAUCAAAUGAUUCAGUUGUGUCACCUUCAAAUAAAUCCAUUGUUCAUCUUACAACGGAUAUUUAUUUAUCUGGAUCUUGUACAUCGUCUUUAAUUGAUCCUAAGACAACUUCAAGUCCUGAAGUUGAACUACAUGAUUCUCAUGAAAACCUGGUACAAUAA